AGAGUAACAGAUAGGGAACGGGGGCCUCCAAAGUCCAAACCGACACGCAGGGCUUCGUCAGGUGUAAACCUUGUGUUCGGCUGCGGCGCGAGGCGAAGGCCGAACGGUUUAGGGUUUAGCCAUGGCGGCCGAGGACCAGGCUCCUCGUACCAAGCCCCACCCCGACAAGUCUAAGAAGCGGAAGAAGCCCAAGAAGGACAAGUGGGGCCAGCCUUUCUCCGUCGCCGCCGCCGAAGAACCGCUGGUGGAGCCGGAGCAAGAGCCCCCGGCGGAGGACGUCGAGGCGGCUGCAGAGGCGGAGGAGACCGCCGCGGCGGCGGAGGGCUAUGAGCCAGGCAAGGUGGUGGCGAGCGGAUUGCCGUACACGAUGACAGAGGUGGAGAUCCGGAAGUUGUUCGAGUGGUACGGCCCCCUCCGGUCGGUGCAGCUCUCUCGCUUCCCCGACUCCGGCAACUUCCGCGGCCUCGCCUUCGUCUGCUUCGAGUCAGACGAAGUUGCGAUAAAGUCACUUGAGCUUGAUGGAUUCAAAAUUGGUAACAGAUUUAUGAGGGUCGAAAGAUGCAGGGUGACCGCAAGCUCAAAUAGGAAAAGGAAGGCAGAGUUUCAAGCUGACCCUGAUAAGUCUGAAGGCUGCCUCUCGGCAUAUGUCGGCAAUCUCUCAUGGAAUGUCACGGAAAAGGACUUACAGGAUUUCUUCAAAUCAUCGAAGAUUGCAUCCAUAAGAUUUGCCAUCGAUAAAAGAACCGGGGGUUUUCGUGGCUUCUGUCAUGUUGAUUUUCAAGACGACGAAUCGCUUGAGAAAGCUAUAGGGAUGAAUCAGUCUGAACUGCAGGGCAGACCUGUCAAAAUAGCUUAUUCGGUCAGUAACAGAGGCUGAAGACUACCCACCGUCGAUGCUUAAUCCUAGUGAGCUUUUAGUGUUACAGUUUUGCUCCAUCAGUUUUGGCUAAGGGGUUUUUUUUUUUCAUUUGAAUGAAGAUUUCAGGGACGGCUCCCAUGUUGCUAUUUCUUGUGCCAGAUAUUUGCGAAAUGUAUUUCUUAUGUAACGAAGUAAACAACUUAUUGGCCUUCCAUUCUA